GCACUGAUCCUGAAUGUGCGGAGCUGAGUUGCGACGCACAACAGAAGUGCGCCGCGCUCCCAGGUCGUGAUCCUGCUUGGACAGGAGGGAUCACACACCGUACCAAUUCACCGGCAGAUGCGGGAAUUCAAACAGAGCAUAUGACAGAAACCAGCUGAAGCCUAAGAUUUUGUUUUUCUUCCCAGACUAUUGGUGUUAGUUGGAGUAAACGCGUCGGUCGCAUAUCUGUGUGUGAGUCUCUGUGUGUGUGUGUGUGUGGGAGAGAGAGAGAGAGAGGGGGGGUGAGUGUGUGUGUGUGUGUGUUUCCCUCCUCAGCGCAGAGGCGCCCUGCACUACAGUCUGCUGACACGCCGGGAGAACAGUCCGCUCUGCACCUCCGAGUCACCGGACUAUAUGUGGAUACAAAGGCCGAUAAACGCAUCUCCAAGCGGAAUAGUUCAGCGGGAACAGCAGCCUUCGUGAAGACGGAUCAGAUCUGAAGGUCAUCAGUGAGCCAGAAAACGAGUCGUGGCCUUCGCUCGCCCACGUGACCAGCGAAUGAGCCUUGUUCAUGCGUCUCCCUGCAUGCCACUCCCAUAUCGCCAUGAACUGUGAGCAGGACUUUGCAGAUGGGUGCUUGGGAGUGACCCUCACGCUACGACUGCUCAUGCACGGAAAGGAAGUAGGCAGCAUUAUAGGAAAGAAAGGAGAGACUGUGAAGCGAAUACGAGAAGAGAGCUGUGCACGUGUCAACAUCUCAGAGGGAUCCUGUCCAGAGAGGAUCAUCACCAUCACCGGCUCCACAGAGAGCGUUUUCAGAGCUUUCACCAUGAUCGCAUACAAACUGGAGGAGGACCUGAAUGCACUGGUGGCCAACGGCACUAUAAGCUCCAAGCCACCAGUCACUCUUCGGCUGGUCAUCCCCGCCAGCCAGUGUGGCUCACUCAUUGGGAAGGGAGGCGCAAAGAUAAAGGAGAUCAGAGAGAGUACAGGAGCUCAGAUACAAGUGGCAGGGGAUUUGCUGCCGAACUCUACUGAGCGAGGGGUUACAAUAUCUGGGAAUCAGGACUCUGUAAUCCAGUGUGUCAAGCUCAUCUGCACAGUAAUCCUAGAGUCUCCACCAAAAGGUGCCACCAUCCCCUAUCGACCGAGCCCCUCACCGGCUGCUCUCCUCAUUGCAGGGAACCAGGUUUUUGACGCAUCAGAAUUUGCCCCUCACCCUCUGUAUUCAGUCACCCAGGGUGGUCUGGACCUCCAACAGGCCUACACCUUGCAAAAUCAAUAUGGCAUUCCACAUUCAGAGCUGGCCAAGCUGCACCAGCUGUCCAUGCAGCAAGGCCUGAGUCCCAUUGCCCAGGCUGCCUCGACAAUCAUGCCUGGGAUGGACGUAAACUCCUCAACAUCUCAGGAGCUACUUAUUCCCAAUGAUCUGAUUGGCUCAAUCAUCGGCCGUCAGGGAAGCAAGAUCAACGAGAUCCGGCAGGUGUCAGGGGCUCAGAUUAAAAUUGGCAGCCAACUGGAUGGAACUAGCGACCGCCAUGUCACUAUCACAGGAACACCAGUCAGCAUCAACCUGGCCCAGUACCUCAUUACUUCCUGCUUAGAGACAGCCAAAUCCACGGCCCAAGCAGCCACCAUGGCCUCUCCGGUCGACCUUAACAUGGCCUUCAACCAGCCCACCUCCCCUACCACCUCACCUGCACCUACCCUGGCCGCCAUGGGCACACUGACCCCCGCUCACAUGCUGGGCACCCCGUACGGUGCUGUGCCGCUCUCUGGUCUCCUGGGGAUGAAAUCUGUUCCAUUUCUAACUCUGUCCAGCCCCGCCCCCACCAUGGCCGCCACCGCGGCACCUUCUCACACCACUCUGGCCGCCUACACCGCGAAGAUCUCCUCAGCAAACUGCAUCAAAAAGCCAGAAAGACAGAAGUUUGCUCCUUACUGACGAGAGUCUGCUGAAAGACAGCUGCAAUGCUCCUCUAUAGAGGAAACGUCUGAUGUAGCCAUAUUCACCUGAAGAGAUGCUCCUGAUUUUAACUCCACAAUGCAGCAACAGAGAGCAUUGGAGGAUGCCAUCAAAGGUUUAUUUACAUUUAAAGAUAAUUUGUCAUUUUGCCAUGAAUUUAUAGACUGCUUUCAUCAUCGCCUCAUUUGUGUUAUUGAUCAUUUUGGGAAAAAAUUACAAAUUCACCUGAGACACAUGUUUAAAAAGUUGAUAUGUGUACCUCAAGUAAAAAAUCAGUUAUGUAUUUAUCCUUCAAUAAAUUUGUAAAUUGUAAGCAAAAUCAAAUCUCUGUCUACUGUUUCAAGCUUUUAUACAAUGUCUGUUUGCCUCCAGAAGUUUUUGAAAAAAUGUGUAAAUGUCCCAGGAGUGUCUUCUUUUUUUUUUUAUAAUUUCUGCUAUGGUACUGUACUUUACUUCAGUGUUAUGUCCAUUUUGUUGGAUUUCACUUUAAAUGUAAAACUUGGUUAAUCUUUAUUUAUUAGUAUUGUUUCAUUUAUUAAAAAUCUUUUUUUUUCUGA